AGUCAAUCUUAGGGUAUGCUUUGAGCUGCACUCCCUCUAACCAAAUUGAAAAGGCUGACUGAAAAUCAGCCAAGCAAAAAAGAGAGAGAAAAAACUUAUCAAGUCAAAAUCAAUUUCAGUGUUGCUAUAUUAAAUUGUUUGAAGCAAAGAAAAGCAAGCAAAGGCAAACAAAGCAAUGAGUGCACCAUUACCAAUGAGGCUUUUGUUGUUGCCCUUAACAUUAACUUACCCCAACUCUGCAGCAGCCACUACUUCUUUUUAUUCUUCGGACUUCCCCUCUAAAUCCUCCAAAUCUCCAAAUUCUAAUUUCUGUUUUUCACCUUCUACCACUGCUGUGUUUAACCAUUUUCAUUAUUAUUCAUGUUCUGCAAGGAGAACCUCCAUCAAAAUGGGCCUGUGUUUUGUUGCACUGGUUUAGUGGCUUUGUGGACAUAUGAAAAGAGAUCAAGACAUGGAUGGCUGGAGAUAUGAAGAGGCGAAUGUGGUUAGCCUGUUUGGUUCUGAAGAAGAUGGUGGCACACAGAUUCCUACCCAAGCCCAAUCAGUUGUGGAAGGAUCGGGGGUAGUUUUGGUGUCGGAGUUUAAACCUGCUCCUGAUGUAGAUUAUCUACAGGAGUUGUUGGCCAUUCAACAGCAAGGGCCUAGAGCUAUUGGAUUUUUUGGGACCAGGAAUAUGGGGUUCAUGCACCAAGAACUCAUUGAGAUUCUUAGUUAUGCUUUGGUUAUAACUAAAAAUCAUAUAUAUACAUCAGGUGCAUCAGGGACAAAUGCAGCUGUUAUCAAAGGUGCUUUAAGAGCAGAGAAACCGGAGUUGCUUACAGUAAUUUUACCACAAAGCUUAAAGAAGCAACCACCUGAGAGUCAGGAGUUAUUGUCUAAGGUGAAGACUGUGAUAGAGAAGCCUCACAAUGAUCAUCUUCCUCUAAUAGAAGCCAGCAGGCUGUGCAACAUGGACAUCAUCUCACAUGUACAGCAAGUCAUUUGCUUUGCCUUUCAUGACAGCAAGCUGCUAAUGGAAACAUGUCAAGAGGCCAAAAAUCUGAGGAAAAUUGUAACUCUCUUUUACCUUGACUGACUGUAAAUUGAUUUAGGGAGAUGGAAGAAAAAGGAGUUAUAUUUGUAAAUUAGGAGAAGAAAUCAUCAAAGAUUUGCUUAUAUUUCCUUUGUAAUUUUGUAAUUGCUUUUGGAGCCCAUUUGCUCCUAUUUCAUUGGAAUGGCAAAAUAAAAUAAUAAGCUUGUAUUGCAUAACUUGUUAUCAUGCAUCAAUGAUAAGAUCUUAUUUA